AUGACUGCAGUCACUCAAAAUUCUAAUCUUCCUUAAAUUGUAGGAGAUUAUACCUUAUAAGGAUUUUUGGGCUCUGGGACAUAUGGUUGCGUUGGUUUGUACUCAUAUUCUAAAGGAAAAGUAGCACUCAAAGUUGAAUCAUAGAACUAAUCAUCGAAUAACCUGCUAAAUGAGAAGUUGAUCUUGAAUUAAUUAAACAAUCUAUUCCUAAAUGCACCAUAAGACAUUCAAAGAUUUCCAAAGCUGAUUGAUAAUAGACAAUGCAAAUUAACAGAUGGCAAAUAGUGUCAAUGUCUGAUUUUAACAUAUUACGAAAAAUCUCUAGCUUCAUUUUACAUGGAAUUGAAAUCUGUAUAGAUGCUAAUAAGUAUCUCUUAAGACUUGAUCAAUGCUAUAAAGUAGAUUCAUUCGUUUGGAAUAAUCCAUAGGGAUAUUAAGAUUGACAAUAUUUUUGUUCACAACAAUAAAGUAGUUCUAAUAGACUUUGGAUCAGCCACAUCAUAUAUAGAUAAAGAUACAAAAUAACAUAUAAGAGAUUCAUCUUACAAAUAAAUGAAAGGAACACCCUGCACUGCAUCUAUUCAUAGUCAUAAUAAUAAGGAAGUUUCAAGAAGAGACGAUCUUAUUUCAGCUAUUUACUGCAUUAUGUACUUACAUAAAAAGAGAGCUUUGCUUGGUUUGAUAUUUGUGAAGAACUUAGUUUAUUUAGUUAAAUACCUACAAAAAAUAGGAUUUGAAGAGAAUCCCGAUUACGAAUUUAUUAAAGAUGCUCUUGAAUCCAUUGAUGAUUAAAGUAAAUUUAUUAAAAUAAUCUAGAUAAAAGCUUCUGGUUUAGUAAAAAAAUAUUAAUACAAAGAGGAUGGGCAAAUCAUUUUAUUAACAAGCCAACAUUAAACAAUAAAAAUACUAGUAGAAGUAUAAACAGAUUUUGUUUAAAAUUGUGUCUAAUAAUUGAAUGACAACUAAGAAGCAAAUAAUGCUAAUGAUAUUCCAGAAAUUAAAAAAAUAACUGACAAUCUCCAUUAUAGAAUGUUUGAUAAUAAAGAGCAAAUCACCCCUUGA